AUGGUGAGGCGUAAGAAAGCUACUCAGAAGCCUGGACUGCGUUCAUCUCCGAGUGUGAAUAACAAUGCCAAUGUUCAUCAUGAAGAAGUGGUGGAGAAGGAUCUUGUGAGAGAGGAACCUGCAGAUGAGGUUUAUGCGGAUACAGAGGACAAAUUUCAAGAGGUUGGGGAGGAUAAUUUUCUGGAGGAUAGCGAAGUACCUAAUACUAAGAAUGUGGCUGGUUCCAGGUCUUGGGCGAUUGAAUCGGAGGAGAAAGACUUUCAGGAAUUGGCAAAGGAAAAGUGGUCUAAAUUUCAGGAAAAUUUUACUGCUAAUGGUGGUGCUCGGCUCAAAUAUGAGGAGUCUCUGGUUCGUGAAGGGAAACUGAUAGCUCAAAUCGAUAUAGAGGAGACUGAAGUGGAGGCGUCCUUCUGGAAAUCAGCUUUGGUAUGUGUAGUUUUAGGAGCUAAUCCUCCCUUAGCAGUUUUUGAAGGUUUUAUUAAUUGGUUAUGGGGAAAGUUGGGUAUAGAAAGGAUCGCCCGUAUGAAUGCGGGUCAUACUCUGGUCAAGUUUAGGGAUGAAGCAACUAGGGAUAUGGUUUUGGAAGCAGGAGUGGUUCACUUUGAUAGGAAACCAGUCUUGUUGAGGCCUUGGUCGACUGAUUUAGAUACACUGAGGUUGGUGAAAUCAGUCCUAGUUUGGAUUCGAUUGCCAGACUUAGGUCUUCAAUAUUGGGGUCUAAAAAGUCUGAGUGCUCUUGUUAGCACAAUAGGGAAACCUAUGAUGAUGGACAAGGUAACUGAGGAAAAAUCUAUGGUGAAAUUUGCUAGGGUCCUUGUGGAUGUUGAGAUUACUGACAGAUUACCUCACUCAAUUAGUUUUAUCAAUGAGCGAGGUCGGUUGAUGGAGCAGACAAUAGAAUUUGAACGGCUUCCCACCCGAUGUUCUUGUUGCAAGUGUUUAAGCCAUACUGCAUCCAGCUGUAAACAUGCUCAGGAGGUUGUUUGGAAACCAAAACAGACAAUUACAAGUUCAGAAAAAGGGGAAUAUAGGGGUGCUACAGUACUGUGUGAGUCAGGGCUUGAGAAUAAGCCAAGGGAUGUCAAUCAAAUGGUUGCUGGAAAAGAAGCUCAAACUACUAGUAAAGGAGAUCAGCCGGCUAUAAAGGGAGAUUCGAAGGCUACUUUGGUAACAACAACUGAAGAAAUAAAUGAGGCUAGUUGUUCAAUGACAGGGAAGGAGAAACCUGGGUCUACCCCUAAAAAAAGUUCAUUUCUGGAAACUAAACUUCACAGUAAUAAGAUUGAGGAGAUGAUGCAUGAUGUGUUCGAGCAGGACCAACUGAUCACUUGUGAAGUGCAGAUAAAGGGUGUUAGUCAAAUAGCUAAUCUUUCUUUUGUGUAUGGAAGAAACUCAGUGGAAGAGAGGAAAAUCUAUGGGCUCAGUUACAAUUACCUCAGGCAAGCUACUGCUGUGGAAGUUGAAGACAGUAGUCAAUGGAGGGCAAAAUCACUGUUGAUCGAAUUAAGAUCCAGUGGUUCUUUUUUUACUUGGUCUAACAAACAAAAAGAAGGUUCAAGAAUCUUUUCUAAGCUAGACAGAGUUUUUGUUAAUGAAAUGUGGCUUGAUACCUUUCCUGACUCUGAAGCUCGGGUUAAUUGGGAUGCUAUAUCUGAUCAUUGUUUUUGUAUCAUCAAAACUGUUCAAUUCCAAACUUCAGGGGUUAGGCCUUUCCGAUACUAUAAUAUGUGGGAUAAACAUAAGGAUUUUAGGAGUACUAUCUUGAAUAUCUGGUCUAAACCAACAGGUGGUUUUGGAUUACAGAAGAUCAUUCAGAAACUUUGGAGACUGAAACCUGCCUUAAUUCAGUUCAACAAAAUGCAGAUUGGUGAUGUGGUUCAGAAAUAUGCAACAGCAAAGCAGAAUUAUGAGUUGGCCCAAUUAAUAUUGCAGCAGUCUCCUUCUUCGAAUUUGUUACAGCAGGAAGAGGAUGAGGCAGCGACUGAGUAUGCUAGAAUGUCUAAGUUGUAUGAAAGUUUCCUGAGGCAAAAAAGUAAAAUUAACUGGCUUAGAUUUGGAGAUGAGAACACAGCUUACUUUCAUGCAAGUCUGAAACAAAGGAGAAUGAGGAAUCGUAUCACUAGUUUUACAACUGAUGUGGGGCAGAUUGUUGAGAAUCCUACAGAGGUAAUUGCACAUUUUCAUAAUCAUUUUAAAGGUUUUCUGGGUAAGAGUGGUGCUCUAACUGGUUGGGUUGAUUUGAGCUGUUUCCAGCAGGGUACUAUUUUGUCAUUAGAACAACAACUUGACCUGAUUCAUCCCUUUACUAAAAAGGAUGUUAAGAGAGCUUUACUCAGUAUUCCAGCUACCAAGAGUUCUGGCCCUGAUGGUUAUGGAUCUAGAUUUUAUAAAACUCUCUGGAAGAAUAUAGGAGAUGAAAUAUCUGAAGCGAUACUGAUGUUCUUUGAUAGUGGUGUGAUUCCUACUGAAUUGAAUGGAACAAUCCUAUCUCUUAUUCCUAAGGUUGCUUCCCCUUCUAAGGCCACAGAUUAUCGUCCUAUAGCCUGUUGUAACACCCUCUAUAAAUGUAGUUCUAAGAUGAUUUGUUUUCGAUUGGCAAAGGUUCUUCCUGUGAUAAUUCAUCAAAAUCAAGAAGCCUUUAUACAGAACAGACAACUUGCUCAUAAUAUCUUAAUCCUUCAAGACAUUCUGCAUGGUUAUUCUAGGAAGAAUAUUUCUCCCCGUUGUGUGAUAAAAAUUGAUCUCAGCAAGGCGUAUGACUCUGUUGAUUGA